AUGGCUUCGACUGCGAUUGAGUUGAACAACCACAAUGAUCUGAAGAAGACGCCGUCUGCGCUUGUGAGGCCUUCGUCGAGGGAUGUUGAGGAGGGAGAUGUGAAGAAUUUGGGACCGAGUGAGAAUCUGCACCGUGGGUUGAAGGCUAGGCACAUCACCAUGAUUGCAAUUGGUGGUGCUGUUGGUACUGGUCUUAUCAUCGGUACUGGAAGUGCUCUGACCAGGGCUGGUCCCGCUGGAGUGCUGAUCACUUACUCUAUCGUCGGUCUUAUCGUCUACGCUGUCAUGUGCGCUCUUGGUGAGAUGGCUUCUUACCUCCCCCUCCCACACGGUUUCGCUGGUUACGCUUCUCGCUUCGUCGACCCCGCUCUCGGUUUUGCUCUCGGUUACAACUACUGGUUCAAGUACAUCAUCGUCACGCCUAACCAACUCACAGCAGCCGCACUCGUGUUGCAGUUCUGGUGUCCGCGAGAUAAAGUCAAUCCGGGUGUAUGGAUCGCGAUCUUCAUGGUCUUGAUUAUCUGUAUCAAUUAUUUUGGAAUCAAGUUCUUUGGAGAAUUUGAGUUCUGGCUGAGUUCGAUUAAGGUUGUGGUUAUUAUUGCUUUGAUCUUGCUCUGCUUGAUUUUGGCUUGUGGAGCUGGACCUAGCCAUGACAAGAGCGGCUACUACUGGAGACAGGGUGCGUUCAACGAGUAUAUCGCGGAAGGAGCCAAGGGUCGCUUCUUGGCUGUCUGGUCUUGCUUCAUUACCGCCACUUUUGCAUACCUCGGUACCGAACUCGUCGGUGUUACCGUCGGUGAGGCCAAGAACCCCCGCCGUACCGUCCCGAAGGCUAUUCGUCUGACCUUCUUCCGUAUCCUCGUCUUCUACGUUCUUUCCGUCUUGCUGCUCGGAUUGAUCGUGCCCUACAACUCCAAGGAUCUCAUUACCGCUAACAAGGCCUCGACUUCUGCUGCUGCUUCGCCGUUCGUUGUCGCGAUCAGGUUGGCCGGUAUCCCGGUUCUGCCUGGAUUCUUGAACGCGUGUAUCUUGAUCUUCGUCAUCUCUGCUGCCAACUCUGAUCUGUACAUUGCCUCGCGUACCAUCUUUGCGCUCGCGAAGGAUGGCAAGGCACCGGCAUUUUUGGCUAGGACCGAUAAGCGCGGUGUCCCCAUCUACGCUCUUGGAGUGAGUUCUUUGUUCUGUUUGCUUGCGUUCUUGAACGUUUCCAACUCUUCCGCGACGGUGUUCAAGUACUUUGUCAACUUGGUCACCAUUUUCGGUAUCUUGACCUGGAUCUCUAUUCUCGUUACCCACCUUUUCUUCAUGAAAGCCGUCAAGGCUCAAGGUCUCGACCGUCACCGUGAUCUUCCUUACGCCGCUCCUUUCGCUCCUUACUCAACUUGGGCAGCCCUCAUCUUCUGCUGUCUCAUCUGCAUCUUCAAGGGGUUCGACACCAUUGCCGGAGGUUUCAACAAGACCUCCUUCAUUACCUCGUACAUCGGUAUCCCGGUCUUUUUGAUCUUCUUGUUCGGAUACAAGAUCGCGAUGAAGAGCAAGAGAGUUAGGGCCGAGGAGGCGGAUUUGGUGUCUGGAAAGGCUGAGGUUGAUCAGGAUGAACAGGACUAUUUGGAUGAGCAGGAGGCUGCUGGGGAGAAGAAGGGAUUUUACAGGUUUUUGUCUUGGUUGUUUUAA